UAAACAGCGUUUGCAUUCGGUUAGUCCAGCAGUUGCAAUUGCAGCUGGUGCAGUGCACUGUUACAUGGCUGGACUACCAGAUAUGGUACAUUCGAAACUUGGGCUAUGAAGAGUGUGCACCUGUCACAACAGGAGUACGUUUAUUUACUCAAUAUCGAUUUUUAUGCACUUCACGGUCACAAGCGCAUCGAACUGGCAACAACAGUGUCAAGUGUAAACCGAGCCAGAAAAUCAAUAAUAAUUUAUGCACAAGAGAACUAUGUGUAUGCCGCUGCAGCUUGCUACAGUGGCAUUGAUUUAAUCAUGCUGUGUACUGAGAAGAGUCAACGCAGCCCGCAUAUCAACAUCCCCCUAGCUCAGCCAAUUGGCAGUGUCAUUUGCUUAUCCGACGUUAGUAGCAUUUUAUUACUCGGUCGAACUGUUCUGCUAGUGAGCAACAGCGUGAUAGUGGUGCGUGAGGAACGCGAAAAGAUGGUAAUUCCGGUGCCGGAAGGAGAGAAAUCACUUGGCUGCCAGAAGGGAAAAAACCUCCCGGCACCCAUUUCCAGCGAAGUUAACAGCAACGGCAACAUUCUUGGCCGUGCUUGGCAAGCCUUAAGGGCAAGUUUCGAAAGUUACAAAUCCUUCACAAGUACGGUCUGGCCAUACCAACGGCAGCAGCAGCAGCAGCGGUGAAAGGAUGAUUGUGUUUACUUGAUGGAUUGGUAGAAGAUCAAAUAGUUACUGCCUGGGAGCUAAUCAACAUGUAGAAGGUGUGAAGAAACAGUUUACGGCUCAACAUCGAACGUUUUGACGAAAAUAGCCAAACAACGUUUUUGUGGAAUUAUGAAGAAAUUAUUCAAACGCGCAAAACUCUACUUUUUAGUUGGAAUCAUUUGUCAUUAAAAGCGUAGUUGAACUUUUAUUUUAUUUUGUUCAUUUAUUUUGUUUUAUUAUUCUCAAAGUUGUUUUAAUAUACUAAAUCGUAUCUUAA